AUGUCUAAGUCAUUGAUUAAACUAACAAGUGCGAUUUUUAGAUCUUUUGCCAACCAGUCUCCAAUAUUUGAAACUCCUAUCAAUUUGAGUGUUCGGGAAGGUGAAAAAUGGGCGGUUGUUGGAAAAGGAAUCUCCAAGACUUUACUAUUGGGAGUCUUGAAUAACCAAUAUAUAUCAAUUCCACCAAUACUGCGUACUUAUCCUGCACUUACCGAUAACAGUGUAUUGCCAUCUCAAGCGAUCAAGUUUUUAAAUUUCAACCAGCGAAGUUUACCAAAGGUUCAUUUAUCUGCACGAUAUGAAUUUUUCAAGGAAGAUUUAGAUCAAACUGUCACAAACUUUGUAGAAAGCCAGCUUGUGAACGUUGGCAAUAUUAAAAAAGAUGAGAAUUUUAUAAAUUAUGUGUUAAAAACUUUCAAAUUGGAUAAACUCAGUGAUAAUUGGCUAAUGGGAUUAAGUAAUGGUCAGUUGCGCCGAGCAAGGUUUGCCCAAGCGUUGGUUAAGAGACCUCAAGUAUUAAUUGUUGAUGACCCAUUUCUAGGACUUGACCCAGAAGCCGCUACUAUGAUUUCUAAUAUUUUACGAGAAAUGAGUAACACCGGUAAUAAGGGUAGAUGGCCAGAAACUAUUGUUGUUGGAUUGAGACCUCAAGACGAAUUGCCUUGCUGGAUUACACAUGUUGUGGUACUUGAAGGCAACAAGGUUGUGGCUGUGGGUCCUAAGGAACAACGGCUUUUAGAAAAAAUAUCUCAAAUUGAAACUAGGGAGAAGCAAUUUGGAUCACAAGAGGGAGCUCAAGUAGCACAAAAAGUAAUAGAAAUAGUUUGGCCUAAAAUAACACCUACGAAAGAAAAAUCUCACAUUAAAUUUGACAGAGUCGCAAUUGCUUAUCGUGGAAAACAAAUCUUUAGGGAUUUAAGCUUCAACAUCAACCACGGAGAAAAAUGGCAUGUUAGAGGUAAAAAUGGCACAGGAAAGACUACUUUAUUAUCUUUAAUACUUGCAGACCAUCCACAAUCUUGGGCAGCUAGCAUCUCAAUGGAUGGAAUCCCAAGAAAGGUUGGCUCCACUAGUUAUUUUGAAAUCAAUAGCAAAAUAGGACUUACCUCACCAGAACUUCAUGCAAUUUUUCCCAACUUGAGUGUUUGGGACAGCAUUGCUACAGGACUUAACAUUGAGGUGAGUGGAUUCACUGUACCAAAAGGGCUCAAAAAAGGAGCCUCACAAAAAUCAAAAAUGGAAAUAAAUAAAAUUAAUCAAUUGCUUGAGCAGUUUCCGAAACUUGAAAAGCAAAAAGAGGCGAGGUUUGGUGAUCUAGGGAUAUCGGAUCAAAAGCUUGUUCUAUUUUUAAGAGCUAUCAUUAAGCUGCCACAAUUAUUAGUGUUAGAUGAAGCAUUUAGUUGCAUGGAUGAAGAUAUGAUUGUGAUUUGCAAACACAUUGUUGGUGAGAAUUGGCCAGAAACCAUAUUAUGUGUCGGCCAUUUGAUUGAUGAAGUACCAAAAUGUGAGAAAUUUGUGGAAUUAAUUGGCCCAGGAAAAUUUAAUGUUGGAAAAGUUGAAGACUGA